CCUAUUUUUUUUUCCUACACAAGUACUAAUUUUGUAUUUAUUCAUUUGUAAAAUUCUGUUCAUCUCGUUCCCGAUUCCAGUGUUGUUCAUAAGGGCUCGAUUGUUAAUUAAGCGUAAGAAUGAGCACAAAGGCCAACAAAGUAAGCAGAACUAAGAAGUGUAUGAAAGCGCCAAUCAGAAUUCUAAUUAAAGCCAGGGAUUGCUACGUCCGGAGCCUGACGAAUUGUUCAGGCAGAAUGGGCUACGGAGGUGCCAUUGGCUCAUGUCCUGCCUUUACACAAAUCUCCUCUUCCUCCAGAAGUUUCAGUGUUAAUUCAUCUGCGUCUAGUGAUGGUGAUGAUUUCAGGGAGCUGAUUCGAAUUUCUUCGAGAAAAAAACAUGUGGAAUUGGAGAACGUGAGGCGAAUAUCCCUCGAUAGAAAAGGGAUGAAUGUUGUGCCUCGGACUCGUUACGUUGCCAUUGGAAGAAUUGAUGAAGAAGAGCCUUGUGAUUUUGGUCAAUAUGAAUACAGAUGUUUAUCCAACAAGUAGAAGUUAUGUUGUUUCCGAUGUCAAUUUAAUUUCCUGGCUUGUAAUUUCUGUCCUGUCUUCCAUUGUUAGUCAUCUGUUUUUGCAUAUACAUGUCAAUUAAUUA